CACUCUUUCUCACUCUUUCCCUACGCCCUCCGCCACUGCGCUGACACUCGCCAUGUCGGUCAGUCUUCAGUCUGUCGCCGACUUACUCUCGGCAUCUCUAGAUCCUCGACAGAAUCGGCAAGCCGAACAGUCGCUCAAGGCCGAAGAGACGAAACCAGGGUUCUCGCUCGCUCUUCUACAGAUAGUCGCCGCCGACACUUUCCCUCAACAGACGAGACUCGCGAGCGCAUUAUUCUUCAAGAACUUUGUGCGGCGAAAUUGGGUGGACGAAGAUGGCCGCCACAAGCUACCAGACAGCGAAGUCACGACUAUCAAGAGCGAAUUGAUUGGGCUCAUGGUCAGAGUCCCACCCACUAUCCAGGCGCAGCUCGGUGAUGCUAUCAGCGUCAUUGCAGACAGCGAUUUCUGGGAACGAUGGGACACCCUCGUGGACGAUUUGGUCUCGCGACUGACUCCAGACAAUGCCACUGUGAAUAAUGGCGUACUUCAAGUCGCACACUCCAUCUUCAAGCGAUGGGAACCUCUCUAUCGAUCAGACGAGCUUUACACCGAGAUCAACCACGUCCUCUCCAAAUUCGCCGCUCCCUUCCUGCAGCUAUGGCAACACACCGACAGCCAGAUCACUCAGAACCAGAGCAACCCAGAAGUGCUCAAGGCACACUAUGCCACGCUCGACCUGAUCAUGAAGCUCGUCUACGAUCUCUCCACCCACGACAUGCCCCCGCAAUUCGAAGAGUCGCUCGGUGCCAUAUCUGGACUUCUGCACAAAUACCUCACCUACGAAAACGCUGCGCUGAACACGGAUGAUGAUGCCGAAGCAGGUCCAUUAGAGCAUGUAAGAGCUGGCGUGUUCAAGGUCUUGGUGUUGUACACGAGGAAAUACGACGAGGAGUUCAAACCGCACCUGACACAAUUUAUUGGCACGUCAUGGACGCUGCUCACCAACAUCGGCCCCGAAGCAAAGUAUGAUUUGGUCGUCAGCCGAGCGUUGGAAUUCUUGACAAGUGUUGCAAGCAUACGAGAGCAUGCAGAAAACUUCAACAACGCCGACGUUCUAGGUCAAGUCACAGAAAAGGUCGUUAUCCCCAAUCUGUCCUUACGAGAGUCCGACAUCGAGACAUUCGAAGAUGAACCGAUCGAGUACAUCCGACGCGACCUGGAAGGCUCAGAUGAAGACACUCGACGGCGAGCUGCCACCAACUUCUUGCGCAAACUCAUGGAGCAAUUCGAAAAGCUGGUGACCGAUGUGGUCACGCGCUAUGUGAACCACUUCCUGUCCGAAUAUGCCAAGGAUAGGAGCGCGAAUUGGAAGUCCAAAGACACCGCAGUGCACUUGUUCUCCUCCAUUGCUGCGAAAGGGGCCGCCACAGCUGCGAAGGGUGUGCUGAGCGUCAACCCGCAUGUCAACGUGAUCGACUUCUUCCAAACAAAUAUCGCCGAGGACCUGACGAAUGCGAAUGCCGAACCUCUACUCAAGGUGGAUGCUAUCAAGUACCUGUACAUUUUCCGAAGCAUUCUUUCGGCCCAGCAGUGGCAAGCAGCAUUUCCUCUGCUAGUCCAGCACCUCAACUCAUCCAACUACGUCGUCUACACAUACGCAGCCGUUGCCGUGGAUCGAGCACUAUACCUAACCAACGACCAGAAGCAGCCAAUUAUCCCACAAGACCGCAUUCUUCCGCUGUCCAAGGACCUGCUCACACAUCUGUUCAAACUCAUCACCCAGGACACAAAGCCGGAGAAGGUACAAGAGAAUGAAUUCUUGAUGAAGUGUGUCAUGAGAGUGCUCAUCGUCAUUCGAGACGGUCUGAACCAAAUUCUCGACCUCAUACUCUUAAAUCUGGUCAACAUCACCAAGGUCAUUCGACACAACCCUUCAAAUCCAGGAUUCUGCUAUUACCACUUCGAAAGUAUUGGUGCAACGAUUCGGUUCGGUGGACCAGUGCAACCAGACAAGAUUGAGCAGAGUCUGUUCCCAGUCUUUAUGGAAGUCUUGCAAGGCUCAGUCGAAGAGUUCACACCAUACAUCUUCCAGCUGUAUGCACAAAUCGUUGCGACCAAUACUUCACCAACACUCUCCAACAACUUCCAGCAGCUCGUUGCACCUGUGCUCACUCCAAGUAUGUGGGAAAGCAAAGGCAAUGUGCCAGCUUUGACACGCCUCCUUACCACUAUGAUACCCAAAGGAGCCGAGCAAAUGGCUGCUGCAAACCAGACACAAGCCAUUCUCAUCAUCUUCCAAAAGCUCGUCGGCAGUAAAGCUUACGAAGGUCAUGCCAUGGAUCUCAUCGAAGAAGUCGUGAAGAACUUCUCGUCGACGGCGCUGGAGAGUUACUGGGUCGAGAUACUCAAGCUCAUGUUCUAUCGCCUUCAGAACUCCAAGAACGAGCACUUCACUCUGCGCUUCGUGCGCUUUUACCACUUAGUAUCGGCUCUUCAAGACAAGGGACUCGGUGCUGACUUCUUCAUCGCCGUAUCGGACAAGGUGCAAGACAACGUCUUCACGCCCGUCUACACCUCAAUCAUCCUUCCAGAUACACAAAAGCUGGCCCGACCAUACGAUCGCAAGACUGCAUGCAUAUCUCUCACUCGCACACUAGCCGACUCGCAAGCGUUCGCGGAUCGAUACGCCAAACGCGGCUGGACUAUCACUUGCGAAGCACUUCUCAAACUCCUCAUCAACCCACCACUCCCACCUGCAGCCGACGACAACGUCAUCGAAGACCGCGACGUCGACGAGCUCGGCUUUGGAGCAGCUUUCACCCAAUUAAACACCUGCAAGCGUCCUACCCAGGACCCUUGGCCAGAGGUCCAAGAUGUGAAAGCCUGGGUCGGAACGACUCUGCGAGAAGCUGAUCAGAGGCAUUCGGGACGCAUUGGGCGCUUCGUGAACGAGAAACUCGAUGACCAAGGCAAAGCGGCGCUGCAGAGCGUCAUGCAGGGGUGA